AUGAAUAUAAGUGAAUUCCGUCAGUAUGGUAGACAGAUGAUUGAUUUUAUAGCAGAUUAUUGGGAAUCGCUCCGAAAGAGAACUCCGUUACCGGAUGUGAAGCCCGGAUUUAUGAAUAAAUUGGUACCGCAACAUGCACCUGUCAUGGGUGAACCGUGGGAGAAAAUCUUCAAUGAUAUCGAUGAAGUGGUCAUCAAUUAUAACACCCACUGGCACCAUCCUCAUUUUUUUGCUUACUUUCCAACCGGUAUUUCUUAUCAGUCUAUCAUGGGCGAUAUCCUUAGCGGUGGAAUCGCAAGUAUUGGAUUUAGCUGGCAGUCAUCACCUUCCAUGACAGAACUCGAAAUUUCAAUGACAAAUUGGCUAGCUAAAGCACUAGAAUUACCGGCAGAAUUCCUGAACACCGAGAACGGACCCGGUAUAGGAAUCAUUCAAAAUACUGCUAGUGAUGCAACUUAUUUGGCAAUAUUAGCAGCCAGAGGACGAGCUGUAGAACGUAUCAAAGUAUCCGAAGACAAAAUCAUUGGUCAAGAAUUGCAAGUUAUUUCAGAUGGCACUGGUGAAUUAUGUUAUUAUUCAUAUCAUGAUGCGACAAUUAUAAGCAAAUUAGUUGCUUACUGCUCGGAUCAGGCUCAUUCAUCAGUGGAAAAAGGUGUUAUGUUAGCAGCUAUGCGCUUACGAAAAUUAAAAACUAUACGUGGUGGACCUUUUGAUAAUUUUUUUGUCAAUGCAGAAACUCUUGAAAAAGCAAUAAUGAUUGAUCGUCAGAAUGGUUUGGUACCAUUUAUAUUCAUUAUGACAUUGGGUACCACAUCAAGUUGUGGAAUGGAUCCGAUAGAUAAACUUGGACCAAUAUGUAAGAGAGAGAACAUUUGGAUACAUAUUGAUUCUGCAUAUGCUGGCGCAUUUUUACUUUGUCCCGAAUAUCGUUAUUUAUCUCGUGGAUUUGAAUACAUUGAUUCUUUCAAUAUGAAUGCUCACAAAGCAUUACCAAUAAAUUUUGAUUGCUCUCCGAUGUGGUUUAGAAAUGGGAAAGAAAUAUUGAAAUACUUUGCAGUAAAUCCGAUCUAUUUAAAAUAUAAUCAAACUUGUGCAACUGAUUAUCGACAUUUUCAAAUAGCUCUUGGAAGAAGAUUUCGAUCGUUGAAAGUAUGGUUUGUGCUACGAAAUUUUGGCAUUUCUGGAUUGCAGAAGCAUUUAAGAAAGAUGAUUGACCUGGCAAAGAACUUCGAAGCACUCAUCCAAGAAGAUCAACUGCUUGAACUAUUCGUACCACGAACUUUGGGAAUGGUAUGCUUCCGUUUAAAGGAUUCAACAAAUGAGAUGAAUGAGGAACUAAAUCGUAGAAUCAACGAAGAUCGUCGUAUCCACCUGGUAGCUUCCGUUGUUCACGGAAUUUAUUUCAUACGUUUUGCAGUGUGCAGCACAUUAACCACAUAUGAAGAUAUAAAACAAGCGCACUCGAUCAUUCAUAAUUUUGCUAAAGAUAUACGAAGAGAUGCGAAAAAAAUAUUAAAAUGA